AUGCCAUUUCUCGCUCGAGAUACUCUCGUUGUCGACUCAGACCUCAAGGUCAUCGGAGAAGCAAAGGUCGAUUUUGACAAGGACUUUGGCCACAAAUAUGGCAUCAAGAAAGGUGUCCAUGUCUACGAGGAAACGGGUGAGGUUUAUGCGCCCGUCGCUAUGUGGAUGGAGUCGGUAGACCUCGUCCUUGACCGGCUAACUGAGGCCAUGCCUGUCCCUCUUUCUCACAUUCGUGGCAUCAGCGGCUCUUGCCAGCAGCAUGGAAGUGUCUUCUGGAACGGCCACGCCUAUGAGAUUCUUCACCACCUUGACCCUCGCCUUCCUCUCGUUGUUCAGCUCCCCCAGGCACUAUCCCAUCAGUGGUCGCCUAACUGGCAGGAUCAGAGCACCCAGGCUGAAUGCGAUGCCUUUGAUGCUGCACUUGGAGACCGCCAGAAGCUUGCUGAGACCACCGGAAGUGGUGCACACCAUCGUUUCACUGGAACCCAAAUCAUGCGUCUCAAGAAAGACCUCCCGGAGAUGUACGCAAAGACUGCCCACAUCUCUCUCGUUUCUUCAUGGCUCGCCUCUGUCUUCCUUGGUGCUAUUGCCCCCAUGGAUGUUAGUGAUGUCUGCGGUAUGAACUUGUGGGACAUGUCCCGCCAGACAUUCAGCGAGCCUCUUCUUGAGCUCGCUGCCGGCAGCAAGCGCGAUGCUCUCAACUUGAAGAAGAAGCUAGGCGAGCCCUGUAUGGACGGCGCGGCUGUUCUUGGCUCUAUCUCCCCUUACUUUGUGGACCGCCAUGGCUUCCAUCCCGAUUGCCAGAUCACACCUUUCACUGGCGACAAUCCCGGAACUAUUCUCGCUCUGCCCCUCCGACCCCUCGACGCCAUUGUUUCGCUGGGUACUUCCACAACCUUCCUCAUGAACACGCCCAAGUACAAGCCUGAUGGUGCUUACCACUUCUUCAACCAUCCCACGACUGAUGGUCACUACAUGUUCAUGCUCUGUUACAAGAACGGAGGUCUGGCGCGUGAGCGAGUCCGAGAUCAACUCCCUAAGCGUGAAAAUGGCCCUACUGGCUGGGAGAACUUCAACAAGGCUAUCGAAAACACUCCUGCUCUCGGCGCUGCGAAGGAUGACGAUAGACGCAAGCUGGGCUUGUAUUUCUACCUCACUGAAGUGGUCCCCAACAUUCGAGCCGGCACUUGGCGAUACUCGUGUGAGCCUGAUGGCUCUGACCUCCAGGAGGUCAAGGGUGGCUGGGACAAGGAAACCGAUGCCCGCAUUAUUGUCGAAUCCCAGGCCCUGUCCAUGCGUCUGCGCUCCCAGAACCUCGUUGAGAGCACUCGACCUGGCCUACCUGCUCAACCCCGUCGCAUUUACCUCGUCGGAGGCGGCUCUCUGAACCCAGCCAUCGCCCGGGUCAUUGGAGAAUCUCUUGGUGGAAGCGAUGGUGUCUAUAAGCUCGAUGUGGGUGGCAACGCCUGCGCCCUCGGCGGAGCUUACAAGGCUCUCUGGGCUCUUGAGCGCCAGCCCAACGAGACCUUUGACGAACUCAUCGGCAAGCGAUGGACUGAGGAGGGUAACAUUCAGCGAAUCGACGAAGGCUAUCGCGAGGGAGUGUACCAGAAAUAUGGCAACGUUCUCGGAGCCUUUGAAGGUUUGGAGAAGAGGAUUCUCGCCGAACAAGCUGCAGAUUCUGACAACGGACAAAAGCAUGUGCAGGAGAGCGGUUGA